UGUUAUCUUUAUUACAUAAAUAUAUCGUAUCCCACAUAAUGUAACGAUAUACAGAAUUUCGUUAUUCCGCUUUUCUAAACGGAUUUCGCACCAAGCUUGCGAUUAUUCAAUUAUUUUCAUUUUUUAAUUGUACAUUUAUUUAUAUUAUUUUACUCGAAGCAAGAUAAAUAGGUUUUUAUUGUUACAAAAGGUUUCAUUAGUCAGUGAUACGAUAUGUAAAUUCGAACUUUGGGCGAGAUCAGCUGUUUACAAUGAGUAACGACGAGAGAAGAACGAUAUAAACUGCAAGAGUAGGGAUUUGAUGUGAUCCUCGGAGGUCGAAAAGUUCACUCUUCACAGUUUAUCGCUUCUACUAUUUAAGUUCAGACACUACGUAUUCAAAGAAUUUUUCUUAACGUAUUAUUCCAACUGUAAUACUAUUUCGAGGCUGGCAUUGUGUUUGUAUUUUUUCGUACGAAGGAAGAAAUAUGGAUAGGAAGAAACUUAGAAGAGAUUCCGACGUAGUACUCUCAAAUCAUGAACGUAAAGAGCUUCUCUUUAAGUUUCUUGUUAUCGGUGAUUAUGGCGUCGGCAAGACGGCUCUCGUACGAAGAUAUACAGAAGGAAAGUUUUCUUCCAAUUAUAAGAUAACGAUAGGAGCUGAUUUCGUGAUAAAAAUGCUCGACUGGGAUUCAAAUCUUAAAAUAGGUUUACAGUUAUGGGAUAUCGCCGGUCACGAGAGAUUCGGAUUCAUGACCAGGAUUUACUACAAAUAUGCCGUCGCCGCAGCACUGGUCUUUGAUAUUUCACGAAUGGCGACUUUUAAAUCGAUGAAGAAAUGGCUAUGCGAUCUUCGAGAAAAAAUCACGCUUCCGGACGGAUCAAACAUACCCGUUGUUCUUUUGGCGAACAAAUGCGACAUCCAAUUUGCUGCCGUAACAACCGAACAGAUUGCUACAUUUUGCAAAGAGAACAAUAUCACCGCUUGGUACUUUACCUCGGCAAAAGAGAAUACGAACGUUGACGAAGCGAUGCGCUACUUGGUGGAAAAAGUGCUGAAAGCGAAAAUCGAAGGUGGCGUACAGGAUUCCAUAAGGCUUCGCAAAGAACCUAAACAGCGAAGCAAGACAGGCUGUUGCAGGAAUUAAUCAUUGUGCUCUUAAAUUGAUCUUUUUCUUCAUGCUUCGCACUUGAGAGAGAGUUUUAUCAUCUAAUUUAAUUAUCUUCUAUAUUUUUUUUAUAAACAUAUACGACAUAUAUGUUACUCAAGUUCUUACGAUACGAUAAUAUAUUUACAAAUUGAAUUUUA